AUGAUAAUGGAGUAUCGGAACCAAUUGGGAAUGGAUGAUGGGUUUGAAUUCAAAGAGGAGGUUAUCAAUUCGCUGCCCGACAACAAACCAGUAGUGCAACAUGUGCGACCUUAUCUAGACUGUGUCUAUGAACUUCUCACCAACAAAGUCAUCCUUGGCCCAAAUAGCUGCAAUAUCAACCUACACCACCCAAUUGUCAGCGCAUUGGAUGAAAUGUGCCAUGGAUCGAACUCCCACAAGACGCACAUAGACUGUCCAGCUAAGCUUCUGCAUAUGCUUCAGAAGGGGGGGCAGAUGCGGGCAGUUGAAUCAUUUGAGUAUCAGUUUCGAAAUGGGACCAAAAUCACCUUGGAUGACAAAUCCUUUGCCUCCAAAAAGAAGGGCAUCAAGAAAGGACUGGAAAAUCUGAACUUUAUUGGUCAUCAGAUGGGUGACUUCCUCAGCCGACAAUCAGACCGCAACAAACUAAGGACCAAGUUUAAGAAUUCCCUCUUUUCCUCGGCAAAAAAGUGUGGUCAUGAACAUGCAAGAGUUAUUCUCUCCAUAUUGUUGACAUUAAUGACAGAUCGGGGACGACAAAUAUGUCUUGAGGAAAGAACAAUGGAAGAAGACUUUCUUGAUAACUUUGUUUACCUCUUUGAGAUUGUCCUAGUCAUGGAGCAAUGGUUGAAGUCACCUUCAUUUCCAGCUGACGAGGUUCUGGAUGGCACCCGGCUUUCCAAAGCUCUUGGUGUCUAUGUGGAGAAUAUUGGUGCCAUAUGCCAAAGGAAAGGAAUGGGCGCUAGACUGAUAAAAAAUCAUCUCAUGCUUCAUCUUCCACAUUGCAUAAUGCGAUGGGGCCCUCCCAGCGGCUGGGAUGGUUCCAACCUGGAACGUUCCCACAAGAGACAGGCCAAACGUCCUGCCCAGCUUAUACAAAGGCGACAAGACUGCUUCAUUGCCCAACUUUCUGCCAGGUACACUGAGAUGAGGCUCAUGCAGUAUGCCACACAGUUCUGUGGCUUAUGCAAGUCUCUUUGGGCAACCAAUACUGGACGGGGUAGACAAUCAACCAAACCAAUGGCCUGUACUGGUUCAAGAUUCACUAUAGGUCUAGAUACCACUAAUUACAGACCAGGUGUCAAGUGGACAAAGGAUCCAGGCAGACAGGUUCACAUACAGACUGUUAUUGAUACGGCCUUUGACCACAUUGUCUCCAAUCUCCCCCUCAACAAUUCAAAGAGUGCAAGGACAGUUGAUGGCUUCACUGAAUAUAAAAAAGAAAUCAGAGGGGAAUCGGUCAUCUUUCGGGCCCACCCAAGCUUCAGGUCCAAGUCUAGGCAACAGCGGGAUGUUUGGUAUGACUGGGCAUUGUUUGAUUUGGAGGAUCAAGGUUAUGGGAGCUGCUUUAUCCCGGGUCAGGUGCUAAUGUUUCUUCAUGUCCCACAUCUACAAAGGGAAGUGACAGUCAAUGGAAUGAGAGUAAGGCCAAACAAGCCACAUGCCAUUGUCAGGCUGUUCAAGGAAAAACCAAGAUCCGACUUCCAAGAGGUCAAGACUCACAGUGAAACAGGCGAAGAGAAUGAGUACAGCCUCUUGGUGGAGUUUGGCGAUACCCAAGAUGAACUGUCCAUCAUCCCUUGUGAUUAUAUUGCUGAACCCACAAUUGUUGUGCAGAAUAUUCCAAUGCUACAACCUCAGAUGCCACUGAAUCCAAAACAAAGAAGAGCAAGGGAGAAGAUGGAUGGUAUAAUCAAACCACUUGGUGAGGGAUAUUUUGUUGUCUCCCCACAAAGCACCUGGAGUAGCUGCUUCUCCCACUUGAUCCAGAGUUAUCCAUCCACACUAGGCUUUAAUAGUCCUUUGUAG